AUGCCUGAAGACAAGAGCAAGAACCCUAACGACCCGUACCACACAGAGCAACCUCCGCUCAGCACAUAUCCAAAGGAUGCUAUUCGUAACAACGCCAAAGGAAAUGACCUGGACAAGGAAGUCAUCGAGCGAAUGAAGGUUCGCGAGAUCUGUGAGGGCUGGGGAGUCUACAGAGAUGCGGCAGAUUGGAAGCAAGGCAACAUCGACGAAUUCAUCGAAGCCUCCAAAGCUGGUUUCGAGAAGGGUUCCAAGUUCAUGUACAUCCUGCAUCGCAUCAUCGGGUCCCAGGUCGACAUGAACACCGACCUUACCAGAGCAGUAUGCAAGAUGAAGAUCACAAUAACCUGCCGCUUCACCUUCGACGACAUUGAAAUGGACAACGACGCCGACUGCCGAUUCUUCUUCUUCCUCGAAAAGAGAGGAAACAGAUGGGGUGUUGUGUUUUACACGCUGCUGUUCGACAAGGACAAGUUCGCACCAGUCAACCCUGAAAAGAUCUACAGUAUUCCUGAGGAUGAGGUCAAGCAAUAUCCCAGCGGUUACAAGUACUUGGCUUGGGCGGAGAACAAGAUCAGCCAGCCGCCAAAGAUGAAUCUCAAUGCUCAUGGGCCUGAGAAAGAUAUCUUGUAUGGCAAGAUAAAGAGCUGGUUGGAAGGUCAGCAAAUUAGGCCUGAUUUGACUGGAGAGGACGAUCCCAACUGGAAGCCUUGA